AUGUGCGAAGUUCUGUGUUUCUGUGCUACUACUAUAUUAGCAUUAAUCAAUCAAAAAUAUUAUCGACCUCCUCAAUCCGAAUUGAAUAAUCCAAAUAUUUAUCCAAAACGAUCGUUCUACGGUAUUAAAGCGAUUCAACCCGAUGACUGGAAAAUUGAAGAUUUAACUGGAAAUGGUGUGGGAGGAAAAGCACCAUGUUCAAGUGGUGAAGUAGAAUAUGAUGGUUAUUGUUUCAUUCCAGCGUUGGAUGCUAAAAUAAAAAUGUAUAGUGAUAAACAAUUCAUGAUAACAGGAAUUUUAAUUGUACCUCCAGCAUGGGCUCGAAAAAAGAACACCAAUUUAAUAAAUGAACAAUCGAAUGGUAAAAAUAAUGUUGGACGAAUUGUAGAAUUUGUUAUUAUGAAUGAAGUAAAUGCUGCUGAAUGGUAUAAUGUUGGCUGUGGCAAUGGAAAAACAUGUGACAUUGAUCACUGGGUGAAACAUUAUAGUCAAGUUUAUUCAAGUGCAUAUGAUCAAAUUAAAAAACAUCAACCUCAAGCACCCGUGCUCAUCUCACUAGAACACCAUUUUGACAGUAUAUUUGAUAAAUAUGUUAGUGCUGCAAGUCCGUUCAUGUCUGGCCGUACAUUUUUGACAAAAUUUGCAUCACAAAUUGGUAAUCGAGACUGGUCGGUGGCAUUUCAUUCUUAUCCUCCUUCUCUAUUAAGAGCAGAAUUUGAUACAAAUGAUUGGCCAAAAAUUACAUUUGGAAAUGUUAAUAGAUUAGUUGGAUGGUUAAUGCAAACAUUUCCAAAUAAACCAUCAACUUGGAAAGUGUAUUUAACAGAAAAUGGUAUCAAUUCAUUAAAACCUCAUUCCGAUGAAAAUAAACAACAUGAUCAAUUAUGUAAAGCAUUUCAAAAUAUUCUUGCUACACCAAAUAUUGAAUUAUUCAUUUAUCAUCGAUUAAAAGAUCAUCCAGGUGAGACAAAAGACGGACUUGGUUUAGGUUUAGUCACUGAUCAAGGACAAUAUAAACGUGCAUGGUCAUUGUGGGCAUUAGUUAAUCGUUAUGAUGUUGGAAAAUUAUCGUGUGGAUUUGAAUUAUUACCAUAUGUUAGUUUAAAACGAGCGAAUCAUCCGACAAAUGGACAUUGGACAACAACAAGAAUAUUACCAAAUGGUUAUAAAUUAGAACGUCAAUGGAAAUUAUUUCGUGAACAGCAACCAGGUACAAAAUUAAUAUUUGAGUGUCAACGAACAGGUGAUAUGCGAAAUUUUCCAAGUGUUAAUCAAAACUGUGAGAAACAAGAUGCACUCGGACCACUUGGCUAUAUUUAUAAUGAUAAAAAAGACAAUACAUCACCAGUAUAUCGAUGUAGAAAAGAUUCAGAUUAUUUUAUUUCACCUGACUCGAAAUGUGAAGGGGCUACAAAUGAAGGUCUAUUAGGGUAUGCUUUAUGA